AUGGAUAACUUGAACAAUAUUAAAAUCUACCUUAAAGCGCUCGAUCAAUCAUUAUCUCAGUAUGAAUCAACACUUGAACCCCUCCUAUCACGGACUCUCGACGAGCAUCUAGCCCAACAACCAACGCCUCAAGACAAGAUAAAGUUCCUCAACAACUUCCAAUACGUGCUAAUAUCAACGAUAUAUUCAUACUUGAAAACCAUCGGCAUUGACACCGAUAAUCACCCCAUCAAGAAGGAAUUGGCCCGAGUCAAGAGUUACAUGAUGAGAGCUAAAACCAUGGACCAAAGCAAAGAUCACGAGCAAGACAAUAUAGCGAAUAAAGAGAAGACAAAGGAGUUUUUAACCCAAACUUUGGGAGUUAAAAAUGGAGUUGCAAAUACAGUGAAAAAUGUGGGACCGGCUAUAAGUACGCAGAAUUUUCAAGGCACACAUACAAAAUUUGCCGACGAUGAUGAUGAUGAUAAUGAAAGCAGUGAUGAUGAAACUAAACUGAAGCCACUGAGUAAAGAAGAAGAAGAGGAAGCUAAACGAAAGACUACUCUUGAGAAUGUAAAGAGAGAUAAACAAAAAAAAAUGAGCAAGGACUCAACCAAACAAAAGAGCAAAUCUAAACUGCUGAAGAAUAAAGUGACUAAAGUGAAGCAUGGGUAUUUACCUCCAAGGUCUGAUAAACCAAAGAAAACAACGCGUAAGUAG